UGCAAUUCCACUCUAUCUUGGACUCUCCAGUGGCUAUCUAUCACUCGACCAACACAUACGAUUUGCGCAUCCCGACAACGCCACAACCACCUGCUGGAUCGCUCUCAUAAUCGACUGAUGUUGUGACAGCCCGGAAGACGCCAUACAGAUACAGCCAACAAUCACGAAGCAAACAGGCUGUGCCAUGGCUCCUCCUAUUCAUCCUAAACAGCCGCCACCGGCAGAGCCAAUCCAUGCUGGCCGCGCGUUCGACCCGUGGAAUUCGGUAGCGGCCGGCCAUCAGCGAGCCGAAACUCGGGUGCCAACCGGGUGGCGCGAGUCUCGUGCCAGGAAACUGCAAAGUCAGUUCCGCGCCAGUUCUUCCGGUGGCGACCGAAUCUCGGACUCUGUUGGGGCUGGCGCCGAAGACUUUGACGAAAAGCGUGGCGUCUUGAUCCCAAAGGAGGUACGAGCUCGCGCACUGAACAGCGUUGCCGAUAUGCUACGUAAUCCUGGAACCAUGGCGACCAUGUCACAGACAAAUUCGCAGUCACGGGCUCGUCUACCAGAAAAGGGAGCGUCACAGAAUGGGAGUCAACCGGUUGAAGAGGAGGAAACUUGGGAAUCGGGUCCCACGCAACACGGGCAGAGGAAAGAGGAGGAGGAGGGAGGAGGCUCAAGCAACAUCAGAAAAAUCUUUGAUGGGUUGAACAUCUACGUCAAUGGUAGCACCCAUCCCCUGAUCUCUGAUCAUAAAUUGAAGCAAAUCCUCGCCGAGAACGGCGCUCGUAUGUCCAUUCAUCUCGGCCGCCGCCAGGUCACUCACGUCAUCCUAGGCAAACCGACUGGCCGAAAUACCGGCGCCGGUGGUGGACUCGCCGGCGGGAAAUUGGAGAAAGAGAUCCGCAGAGUCGGCGGUUGUGGCGUCAAGUAUGUCGGUGUCGAAUGGGUUCUGGAAAGCAUCAAGGCAGGCAAGCGGCUGCCCGAGGCAAGGUUCGCUAACCUCAAGAUCGCGGCAAAGAGGCAGCAAAGCGUUCUUUCCGCCUUCUCGACGAACAAACCGCCAGCAUGAUGGACCUUCCAGGGCGCAUUCCGACGAUGAGGGAUGAUAACGACGGACGAAUAGGCGCCGUGAGGACAGAUACGGCGGCCUGCGUGUCAUGUUGUUAGGGCGGCCGCUGCCUCCACUAUAUUGGUCCUUUUUCCUCCUGUCCUGUCCAAGGUUCCGAUUUACUUUGCUUG